AUGGCUAAUCUGAGAGAAGAACAAGAUUUGAGUAAAGAUGAAGUGGGUCAGUACUGGCAAUCCUCAUCUUUGGGGAAACUUGAUUAUAUCCCACAGGAGGCACUAGAAAAUUUGGAAUGGUACACUACUUUUUGGGAUGACAUGGAGAAAUUAGACAAGGUCAUCAAAUUGGAUGAAUUAAAGGGUGAGAGAAAAACACAAGAAAAUCCAUCUUUCAAUGUGUCAAGUGUUCAGAUUAAUCAUCAGAGAAUUUGCAGCGAUUCUGAGACGAAAGAAACUACUCAAAAGCCUCUGCGAAGGACUAAAGUGAAGUCAUGUUCUAUUAAGAAGAGUAGAGCCAAGAAAUUCAUAGGAGAGAGAAGUUGCAGCCAUUGUGAGACGAAAGAGACUACUCAAUGGAGGGAAGGUCCUUUGGGGAAAAAUAGUUUGUGCAAUGCAUGUGGAUUACGAUACAAGUUAAAUGGAUUGGUUAAAGGGUAUAGACCUAAGGCAAGUCCAGCUUUUGAUAUCAGAAAUCAUUCAAAUUUACACAAGAAGGUGAUGGGAAAGGAAUGA